AUGCCUUUUAUUUCAAAAGACUGGAGGUCUCCUGGUGAAGAAUGGGUUAAAACUCAAGAGGGGUGGGAAAAGAAGAAGGUUUUGGAGUGCACCGCACAACGAUAUCCCGCUAUAACUAACUUUAAUAACUCAGAUGAUAGUCAACAACAAAAGUCGUGGUCUUCAGACGGUGAGGAAAGUGAAAAGAGCUCAGAUGGAGUAAACAGAAUACCUCCACACUGUCACAUCACAAUCAAAUGUACCAGAGAGAUUGCAGGUUUCAACGGUCUAUCGGAAGCGGUGCGUCGCCUGGACUUCUCAUCCGCAGUGCGUGAUGUCCGACGCUUCAACUACAUCUGUGCUCUUCUAGAACUGCUGGUCGGCGGCCAGAGACUCACGCACCUACCUGGAGCUGCACAGAAACUGCUACUGUCCAUGUUGGAGCAACUUGCUGAUCAAGUGGCAACAUCAAAACAUAACUUGAAUGCUCUCCGCGCGCUCGUGAUGUCUGUGUCAUCUGCGCGUGAAUCGGAGAAGCGGUCGUGUUGGGGCCGACCGCUCGGCUCGCGAGCGCUGUGGGGCCACCACGACCACGCCAUCGCGAGGAUCAACCGCAUCGCCAAUAGUAUUAGGAUACAAGAGCCGGGACCAGAAGUAGUGCCGAAGCUUCACGACUUACCUGAAGAAUGUAUCAGAGAAAUUCUUCUAAGGAUAUCGGAUCACAGGGAUUUAGAUGCUGCUUCAUCAGCAUGGACAGUAAUGGCGUCAGUAUGCAAUGAGCAGCGUAUCUGGCGCGAGCUGGUCAACUUCCACUUCACUCAGCAACAGAUUGAUGCUGCCCUCGCCAAGAACAAAGAAGAUAUCGCUGAUGAGAAGGAGUUCGAUUGGAAGAAGCUAUUCCAUCAGCUAAGAAAGAUGUACGGUCUUCGAGAAGACACGCAGUUUGCUGAAACACUAUCCCUAUGUCGCCACUGUAAGUGCCUGUUUUGGCGUUCGCUGGGACAUCCCUGCAUAGCCGACCAGUGCCCGGAGUACCGCGAGAGGCUCAAGGAGGCCGGAGGUCCUCUCCCUCCGCACCCCGUCCCCCCUGCGGCCUUCCUUAAAUUCUUCUCUCUGUAG